GCACUUACCUGGCAUCAGCUUUUUUCAUCCUCAGACCAAUCCCGGAUGCUAUUACGAUUAUGAUUAUUAUUCCCAUUUUGUGGGUGAGCAAAAUUGAGGUUCAAAGAUAGGAACUUGGCCAGGUCAGCCAGCUAACUGGAUUUGAUUACAGGACUGGUGAUUCCUCAGUCCACUCCCUUAACUUUGGGGUUCUGCUGGUGAGGAUGGAAACAGAGCAGGGCUGCACAUGAGGUGGCGGGAGCUGGCAGACUUUAAUGGAAGCGGAAGGAACGUCUUCCAUCCCUCUGUGCAGACAGCAGAACAUCUGGAGUGGACCCUCAGGCUCAGAUGAAGAUGACGUGCACAGAUGUGGCCGCUGCCAGACGGAGUUCACGGCCUUGGAGGACUUUGUUCAGCACAAGCUCCAGAAGGUCUGCCAGCGGGCCUCUCAAGAGGCCUUGCCCGCCACACCUGCCACGGCUGCGCUGCUGGGCCGGGAGGUGGUGCCAGCGGCGACGGCAGGUCCGGAAGAGCCCAUCACUGUGGCCCACAUCGUGGUGAAGGCGGCUGCUCUAACAGCAGACAUCAGCCAUGCGCCCGACGUUGUCGGCACUGGACGCAUCAAAGAAGUCAUUGCAGCUGCUGAGGCAGAGCCGGGGGACAGCAAGAUGGCGGAGGCCCCAGGCAGCUCCAGCGGCCAGGGGCCCAGGCUCACUGGGGAGGGUGAGCAGUCACAGGUCAAGCUGCUGGUGAACAAGGAAGGCCGCUACGUGUGCCUGCUCUGCCACAAGACCUUCAAGACGGGCAGCAUCCUCAAGGCCCACAUGGUCACCCACAGUAGCCGCAAGGACCACAAGUGCAAGUUGUGCGGGGCCUCCUUCCGGACCAAGGGCUCACUCAUCAGGCAUCACCGGAGGCACACAGACGAGCGCCCCUAUAAGUGUGCCAAGUGUGGGAAGAGCUUCCGGGAGUCAGGUGCACUGACCCGGCACCUCAAGUCUCUGACUCCGUGCACAGAAAAAAUCCGCUUCAGCAUGAGCAAGGAUGUGGUUGUUGGCAAAGAAGACCCAUCUGCAGGGUCUGGCGCCUCCACUGUGGGGACUGUUACAUCGUCUUCGGUCACAGGAGAGCCCAUGGAGACAUCCCCUGUGAUUCACCUGGUGACAGAUGCCAAGGGCACCGUCAUCCAUGAAGUCCAUGUCCAGAUGCAAGAGCUUCCCCUGGGCAUGAAAGCCCUGGCCCCAGAGUCUCCGGGCCCCGAAGAGCUUCCCUGUCCCAGCGAGGGCAGCCGUGAGAACCUGCUGCGCCAGGCCAUGCAGAACUCUGGCAUUGUACUCGAGCGUGUCACUGGGGAGGAGGGGGCCCUGGAGCCAUCCCCUCCCACUUCAGCCAGUCCCCGGCCCCUGGGAGACAGCCCUCCAGAGCUGCCGCUGCUGGAGGUGGACACACAGGUGGCCAGUGAGGCCUCAUCUGUGCCCAGGACCCACCUGUGCCCUCAGUGCAGUGAGACCUUCCCCACGGCAGCCACCCUGGAGGCCCACAAAAGGGGCCACGCAGGGCCACGGCCGUUCCCCUGCGUGCAGUGUGGCAAGGCCUUCCCCAAGGCGUACCUGCUCAAGAAGCACCAGGAGGUGCACGUGCGCGAGCGCCGCUUCCGCUGCGGGGACUGUGGGAAGCUCUACAAGACCAUCGCCCAUGUCCGCGGCCACCGGCGCGUGCAUUCCGACGAGCGGCCGUAUCCCUGCCCCGAGUGCGGCAAGUGCUAUAAGACCAAGAACGCCCAGCAGGUGCACUUCCGGACGCACCUGGAGGAGAAGCCACACGUGUGCCCGUUUUGCAGCCGAGGCUUCCGGGAGAAGGGUUCGCUGGUGCGGCACGUGCGGCAUCACACCGGCGAGAAGCCCUUCAAGUGCUACAAGUGUGGCCGGGGCUUCGCUGAGCACGGCACGCUCAACCGGCACCUGCGCACCAAAGGAGGCUGCCUGCUGGAGGUGGAGGAGUUGCUGGUGUCCGAGGAGAGCCCCACAGCAGCUGCCACCGUCCUCUCUGAAGACCCUCACACCGUAUUGGUUGAGUUCUCGUCUGUGGUGGCUGACACCCAGGAGUACAUCAUUGAGGCCUCUGCGGAUGAUGCUGAGACCAGUGAAGCCACAGAGAUCAUUGAGGGCACCCAGACGGAGGUAGACAGCCACAUCAUGAAGGUGGUGCAGCAGAUCGUGCACCAGGCCAGUGCCGGGCACCAGAUCAUCGUACAGAAUGUGACCAUGGACCAGGAGGCGCGGCUGGGCCCAGAGGCGGCUGCUGCUGACACCAUCACCAUCGCCACCCCAGAGAGCCUGACGGAACAGGUGGCCAUGACUCUGGCCUCAGCCAUCAGCGAAGGCACUGUGCUCACAGCCCGUGCAGGCACCAGUGGUGCAGAGCAGGCCACCGUGACCAUGGUUUCAUCAGAGGACAUUGAGAUCCUGGAACAUGCAGGCGAGCUGGUCAUUGCCUCACCAGAGGGCCAGCUUGAGGUGCAGACAGUCAUUGUCUAGGAUGCACGCCUACAGGGGCCCAGUGGCCUGGGCAGGGCAGGGGCGGAGGCCUAUCUUAUUUAGAGAAGAUGGAGCACAGAAUCAGGCGUCCAUAGGAAGUGUGGGAGUGUAAAUACAGAGCUUUUGUUGCUUUACAAUAAAACAUGAAAACCUG